UAGAGCACAACCCAUUUCACGCCAUGUAUAAGUAGUACGACGGUACGAGUAGCCUUCCGGUGUGCAGAGUGCCAUCAGUGUAGUUGUACAUCAGUCACGAUACCCCGAGUCUACAGCUGUCUACAGUCUCGACGAAAUAGUUACGUAAGCUUCCCUAUGCACUUCACUGAAGUAAUAUCUUACCCGGUAACUUACUUACCUACUGUAUGCACGUUCGAUACAAUCCAACUAGACUCGGCUCCGCCAGGGUGCUGCAUGCUGAUUCGGAGUGGCAAUCUCAGGGUUCGUUCUGUCAAACCUGGAUCACAUUCACAGAGAGUUCUGCCUGGGCCGUUGGUAUCGGUGUUGCACAGACGCAACACCUCCGAGUCUAAGAUUAACGCUGCAGCAGAUCCCGGCUCGAAAAGCAGGCAUUCUAUCUGUUCAGGCAGAACUCAGGCCGCCCCGAAGCGCCAGACUCAGAGUUUUUCAGGAACCAUGACAAGUGUUACCUUCGUAUUCAUGGAGCCGAAGCAGAAGGCGUCCUCGCCGGGACCGAGCCUUAAUGAAGCUUGGAAACGCCAUAUCCAGGAGCUGCUGCCUUCACAGGAUCAGCAACGUUCUCACGUCGUAGAGGCUCGGCUCGACACGCUCGAGCCUCCCCACUCCGAGUUCGACUGCAUGGUCUCGCCAGCGAAUUCAUAUGGGAUCAUGGACGGCGGCUUCGACUACUACCUCUCCGAGGCCCUCUCACCCAAGGGCGACAUCAUGGCGCUCACUCGAUGCGCCCAAGCCGCGCUCAAGGCCCGCCAUUUCGGCUUCGCCCCGCCCGGCACCUGCACGCUCGUCCCGCUCACCCCCGAGCUGCGCCAGAACCCGCGCUUCCCCCGCUGCAGCGUCCUCGCGGUCUGCCCCACGAUGCGCUACCCAGUAGACGUCAGCUGGCACGAGGACCUCGUGUACAACACGAUGUGGAGCCUCCUGGUGGAGGUAGAGCGGUGGAACGAGAGUGUGAAUCGCGGCGAGCGCGAGGGUGAGUCCAUACGGAAGGUGUGCAUGACGGGGCUGGCGACGGGUGUGGGCGGAGUGCGCAAGGAGGUCUGUGCGCGGCAGAUGAUUCUUGCUGUCAAGCAUUUCCUGGAUGUGACCAGUGAGGAAGGUAGGAAGCGGUGGGCACGGGAGGACUUUCCGAUGUGGAACGACGUAUUGCCCAUUGCGGAGGACGUUGUACGCAACAAUGUUCAAUGAGCCUGGUUGCAUCUUCCCUAUCUCUGAGGAACGUAUCGAUAUAUACUUCGCAAUAUGUUCAGUCUGAAUGUAUACCAUCAAUUCUGACCUAUGCACCUGGGAGU